GUCACGACCUUGACGUACGGUCAACGUAUAAACGUGGUUGUUUCUGUCCAUUUGAGUUGUAAUAUUUUGGAAGUAUGACUGGUUCACUUCAAAAAAAGUUGAAUACACACUGGGCGAGGUCUGUUCCUGAUAAACGACUUGCAAUUCAGUUACUUCGAGUUACUCCAUUUAUUUUUACGGCAAGUCGAUCAACUAUGGGCAGCCUUCUUUGCUGUGACGUAGAGGAACCUUUUGCUGUACUGUCUACAUCUAAUCAAUAUCCUAGGAUCUAUGAUGGUAACUUAUGGAUUAGCGCGAAAUUCAUGUCCUAUGUACGCGACCCUUUACCCAAGUGCAGUCGCCGUAUACGCGUUAUCGAAACCUGUUUUUGGUUAAUUAGAAUUUUGAGCUAUUCUGUUCAGUAUCUUGAAGAGAAGAAGGAGCACUUUGCUUUUAUUGAAUCUUUUUCGAUUAUUCAGGAAUUUCAUACCAAUGCAACAGUUUUCUCUCAGAUGAUUGGAGUGACUGAAGCUAUUGGCGACACGAAUAAAAACCUUAUUCUUUCACGUUUACCAGUGCAGAAAAAAGCCAUAUCCAAAAAGAAACGUGUUGGUGUUAAUAAAAAUAAAUGUGACUUUCUUGGACCAUGCUCUAAUAUACCUCCGACAGAAGAUCCUCCCCAACAAUACUCUCCCUUAAAAACAUCGUCUAAAACGUCGUUUAUUGUUGACAGCUUGCCUGGUGUUUUCGCUGUUGACAAGCCAACAAAUUAUGUGGUCACAAAUUCCUCAACAGUUAUUGAAAAUAAAGAAAAUAUCCCAAUCACAGAAGCUUCAAUGAUGCAUUCAACCUCACCCUUUUCAAAAGACUCAUCACUUUUCAAGGAUCUCUUCGAUAGCAACGAUGAUUACUCUAUUGAACUUACAAAUCUCUCCAAUAAUUUUAUGACUAGUGAAAUAUUAACGCCUUCUGCUAAGUCAUCUCCAAACAAUAAUACAAAUAUAAUCACUUCCGCAGUAGCACAUUCUGAGGCACCAGGUUCCGAGUCUCAUGACAAUAAAUUAUAUUCACCCAGUACUCAGUAUUUUUCUGUUCAGAAUGUUAUAGAAAUUAACUCAGAUGGACAGAUAACUGACUCACUGCUUGAAUCAACCUGUGGGUUGUGCAAUAAAACUGAUUUAACAAAUCAUUCCGUUGUUUCUAAUACUGAUGAACAAAAUAUGAAUGGUCAAAGUGUUGACGUAACCAUAAACUCAACAUCGCCAACCCUUCAUAAGGAUCCAUCUAUUGUUACUUGUGUACGGGAAUCAGUUGUUCAGUUCGUUCAAGGAAUAAAAAGGAAAUUUUCACCGAAGGGGACAUGGGUCAAACCAUUGAUGGGUCGUAUUCUGAAGCCGAUUUCUGGGAAUGAACUACAGCCUGAUGCUAAGCGCUCACGAAAAUUCGCUUCAACUCAUUCUCCGACUGCUUUGACAUCUGCAAUAACUGUUUCAUCACCUAUUAUAUCGAGUAUAUCGUUGACAGAUACUGAUAGUUCACCUGGCAAUCUGGGAUUUUCUUCAUGCACACUUAAUAGGUCGAAAUCUUAUUCUUGUAAUCCUGUAAAUACUCCUAGUUCCCUGCCGAUAGUUCGUCUUAGAGAACGACAGCGUAAUCCACUGCAUGAAGUAGUUUCCUCCAGUAACAGUAGCAUUUUAAAAUCAACCUAUUCCACUGAAUCUCCGUCAUGCUCUGUAACUAAUAGUAUGAACAAACAAAAACCACUGAGUAACUGUGAACAAAGGAUUCUUAAAAGUGUAAGUUUUAUCUCAACGAUUUUUUUUUCGUUUCACAGUAUCCUUUUGUGUGAUCGCUAACUGUUUAGUGGAUUGUUAUUAGCCAUAAAUAUAUUCUCUAACCCAUGUAUUUUUCUGUACAUUAUGGAAACUUAUAUUUAGUAAUUCUGUUCCAUACUAUUGUUUUGUUGAUCUCUGUCUGCCUUAAAUUAUUCUGCAUAUCACUUGAUGUUUAAUGGACUAUGCUAGUAUACAGCACACAUCACUAUGUAGUCUCCGUCGUUUAGCUUCUGUAAACACAAUAAAUAACAGCCCCUAUUCGUAGUUGAACUAGGUGGUUGUUAUAAUGACAGGAUUACACCAUCCGCAAGUGUAGUUCUGUACGUUUGAAAACGUAGAAUUUAGAAUAUUCUAUGUCAGAAAAGUGUCUUCUGAUUUAUGAUUUUCGAUGUAUUUCAGUUACUAGUUUAAGCUUUAUUGUUGUUGUCUUAAAUAUUGACAGUUCAUCUGUGUGAAUGGAAGCUAAACAGAGCUUUUUUUUAUCCUGGCUUACUUCUUUCAAAUAUCGCCUUUUACGUAUUUUUGAUGCUAAGCAUUAGUAUAAUUUUCACCUUGUUGUCGAUACUUGUGUUGAAAGUUUUGUAUGAUAAAAGUUAUGUACUAAUCUUUACAUGUGAACUUCCAUUACAUCACAUGCGAACUCAAAUAAAAUAGUUGUUAUUAAAGAGCUGAAAGGUUAUUUUCUGUACUUAGUUUAACAGUAAAGAAGUUAUUGGCCUAAUGUUUUCUCAAUUUAUUGUUAAUUAAUAGACAAAAUUAUUAUUAUCUGAUUAUAUCAAGUUACCUUAGCUUACAGAAUUACGUAAACAGUGUUUUUAUUACACCCACCGAUAAUAUACAAUUUGUGUCGAUACACAGAUAUGUAUCACUAGUUUGUUGGCUUCAUUUAGGAUUUAUGCAUUUCACCUCCAUAUUUACCCUUCAAAUUGUAUCCUUCAGUUAACAUUUGUUAUGGAACGUUUUUAUAUUGAAUUUAUGUCAAAUCGAAAGUGUGGCGACGUUCGAUAAUGCACUAUUUCUUAUAUUUUCAUUCUGUAGUACAUUGAUUCAAUUAAUGAAAUUCGCCGAAUUCCAGUGAACAUAGACAAUUUUUCGGAAUUAAGGAGAAGUUUUAAGUUGUAAAGAAAAUUAAUUUAUUUUAUAUCCUAAUUGAUAUUCUGUAUAUUUCCUAUUUAUAAUCUCUUUUUUUCGAAAAGACUAUUUUUCUAUUGGACAUAAAUAUAAAUGAUAACAGUAAUGAUUAUUAAUUAUCAUUGCUCAUACGUCUACUUGUCUUUUCUAAUACAAA